UAUUAUAUUAUGACACAGCAAACAAGAUAGAUAUGCUGGAUUUCGUAUCACAAAAUCACAAGUCGAACACUUCCCAAGUGUCUAGGACUGUGUGAUUUAUUAUUAUUAUUAUUAUUAUUAUUAUUAUUAUUAUGACACAGCAAACAAGAUAGAUAUGCUGGAUUUCAUAUCACAAAAUCAUAAGUUGAACACUUCCCAAGUGUCUAGGACUGUGUGAUGUAUUUUCGGAUGAUGCGUGCAGAUCCCAGUAGGGUGGCCUUAUUAUUAUUAUUAUUAUUAUUAUUAUUAUUAUUAUUAUUAUUAUUAUUAAAGGAUGAGUUUGAGAUUGGAAUCCAAGACCUGCUUGAUGUUUACCCCAAGGGGAAAACAUUGCACCGCUAUGGAAAUCCAAGAGUUACAAGGUGGAACUGAGCUGCCUCCAUGGUUUAGAGGAGUCGGUUCCCAGCAUUCUUCCAUGGAUGAUGGUUUUUCUUCUCAGUGAACCUCAUUCAGACUCCCCAAAGGGCUUCCAAAGGCUGCAUCUCGAGCUGGCCCGAAGCAGGCGUUUCCCAAAGCUCUCCUCCUCCUCCUCCUCGUCUGUUGGGAGACGCCUCUCCUUGGCAGGAUCCCAGCCCAGCCCUUGCUUGUCCCCAUUCGGCUCCUUCACUCGCUUGGCUUCAGGUCUCUGCCUCGAAGGUGAUGUCGCAGGAGCCGAGCGCUUGGGACGGGGCCCUGUGCCUCUCCGAAGCCGAUGCCAAGCCUUCGCACCUCUUGCGCGUGGCUUAUGGAGACGUGGUGCUGAAGGAGCUGGGCCAAGGCCUGAGCCCCACCCAGGUCCAGAACUGCCCGACGUGCAUUGACUGGACCGGAUGUGACCCAAAGAAACUCUACACCCUGAUUCUGACCGACUUGGAUGUUCCCAGCCGGGAGAACCCCAAAUCCAGAGAGUGGCACCAUUUCCUGGUGACCAACAUGAAAGGCUGCAACAUGAGCAGUGGAUGCGUCCUGACCGAGUACGUUGGCUCCGCACCAGGCAAGGGCACAGGACUUCACCGCUACGUCUGGUUGGUCUAUGAGCAGCCGCAGCCCCUCACCUGCGACGAAGCCAUUCUGGAUAGUGUCACCGCCGCCGGGCGCGAACAUUUCCAGGCCUCGGCUUUCCGCAAGAAGUACAAGCUGGGGGCUCCGGUGGCAGGGAACUGCUACCUGGCCGAGUGGGACAGCACCGUGCCCAAGAUCUACAAGCAAAUGAAUGUCAAAGAGGAUGACGCAUGAUCCUGGUCUGGGGAAAGCCUGGCAUCACAGUUUGGAAGAGUCUGAUGGAGGAAUGGAAUAAAACACAUUGAAUAAAGAGCCAAAACGUU